CAAAAUGGCGAUGGCAAAUUUUGAGGAAGGAAGUCGGUUGACAAAUCUCAAUGUUAUAAAAAACGAAAUACGAGCUCUAACAACUGACACAAAAGAAAUUAUUCGGCAAAUGAGUGAAGAAUCCGGUGUUUCCUACGAAAAGCUACGCGAGGAUAUAGAAAAGGUUGAUGAGAGGAUCAACCUUCCAGUGCUGUUACUCAUCUUAGGUAGAUGUAAUAGCGGGAAAAGUUCGCUGGCAAAUUCACUUCUAAACCUAUGUAAGAAGGCAAGGGAACUACCAACUGGUAAGACGCCAUGUACGGGCAAAACAACAGUGGUGAAACAUGGAAAAUACGAAGGCAUUCCUGUCGAAGGCGUUAGUGAUUCAUUAGCAGCUUUAUCGAUCGAUGUCGAGAAUUACCGAAAGUUUCAUAAGCUAAGUAAAAAAUCUCUGCGUGAACAUAUAACACCGAGAGAAAAGCGUGAAGCAGAAAAAAACAUCGUGAGCAUUGUCUUAACAAACGAUUUUUUAGCCGAAGGAUUUGGCUUACUGGACACACCUGGAUACGGAGAGACUGUUCAAAUCGAUGACGAUGUGACCCGGUUGUUAAACGAGCAUUGCAACCCAAUUGUACUGUAUGUUAUAAAUGGGAAUGAUGGAUUCAGGCUUCAGGACAAAAAAAACAUAGCAGGAAUACGAGAAAAACUACCAUCCGUGUCAAUAUGCUAUGUGUGUACACACAACGAUAUCGACGCAAAGGCAGCUUGGAUGAAUGCUCUUGCUAGCGAAGAUAAUUUUGCAAUGGUCAAUUUUCACUCUCCAGAGCAAAAGAUGGAAACAGUGAAAAAUGACUUAUUAAAUGGCGGUUAUAUUUCUUUUGAAGACAAAGAAGACCACUUCUUCGCCAUUUCUAACAAAAAGAUAAGGGAAGCACUCAAGAAAGGAGUGAAAGAUGACUCCAUCCGUGACUUAGAGAAACUUCGGGCAAUUCUAAAAGGAAACUUGAAAAACAGACAACUGGAAUCUCUCGCUUUUUUAGUUCAAAACAUCCUUGACUGCCACAAUCGGUCUUUCACAGAGUUGAGGAAGGUAUGCCGAGACAUGCCAAGGGAUGCAGAUGCGAUUCGCGAAAACAUCGAAGACCUCAAAAAGAUGGCCAGAAGAUGGCACGAGCAGUUCACAGAAUUGCUCACCAAGAGGCUCAAGUUUGAAUCAAUUGUUCGUGAUGGCAUAGCAACUUGUAAGUCGAGGUUAAGCGCCAUUGUCGACUCCAGUGACCCAUUUGAAGGUGUAUUGGACCCUUCAGAAAUUCACGUUGAUUUUUCAAACCUAACCCAGGAGUAUUCAACUUUUCUGGAAAUAUUCAUAGACCGUGCUUGCAAAUGCUUUGAAGAUGAGGUGAGAAAACGCAUAGACAGACUCAAUCCUCAAUUUCGAGAGGAGCUGACAUUUGACUUCAAUGCGGUCAGCAGUGAAAGGUUAAAAAGAGAUAUCAGAAGAAUUUAUUCUCUGGAAACAGAGCGUAAUGUUAGUAAAGGGUUCGAAAUAUGUGUAUCUCUGACAGACGAUACAUUUCAGCGACUGCAACGCGGAAUAGAUCAAAAUGUGCGUCAUAUAAUGGACAGUAUCAGCAAGCCGGAACUACAUCAUUAUAGCAAGUCUUUGCAGUUAGACCGAGACGAUCCCAAAUCGUGGCAGUUAAGAUUCGCAGAGAAACUUCUUGAAACCCUUGAGAGAAGCCGAUUAGCUGAAAAACUGAGAAGCCACAUGCUGGGAGAGAUCGGAAUAAUCUGGGACAAACUCGCUGCAAGUCUUUCUGAAAGUAUUUUCAGCGACAGCGUGUGGCGAUCUCGUCGCCAAGAACGGUUUGAGAAGUACAAUGCCAGCCUGUCUGUCUUAAGUGCUCGUGGGCUGUCGGUAAAUUUUGCACUGGAAUCGUGUAAAUUGGAUAGAGUGGUCAAUGCGCACCAGGAACAGGGCGACUUAGAGGAUGGAUGGCGCCGUUUAUGCACACAUAUCAUUAAACAAUGUGAGGGUCAUUCGAAAGUGAGAGAAAUAAAAAAGGUUCACGAAAAUGAUGUGGAGGAACAGGCAAUCCAACUAAUUUAUGCAAAGGACAAUUUCCCAGUGGAAAAUGAAAACGUCUUGAAAUUACGUGGAUGGUUGAUGCCCUGCUCCAAUCACAUUGAUGUCAUCACCGAAUACUUUGACUGUGAUCUGCUUGAGAUGGUCGCCGCGGCCGACGACAGAUUGACCAGCCUACAUUCAAGGAUCGCCAUCGCCCGAGAUGUCGCUCAGGGGAUGGAAGCCAUGCACUCCGUGGGGUACAUUCAUAGCGAUCUAAAACCUGAGCAUAUCAAGGUUGCUGGACAGCGAGGAAAGAUAUCGAUCGACUGCAUUUCGGAUCCACUUGGUACCACCCGACUUGGGCCACCAUUUCACGUUUGUGCUGAACAGUACGAGAAUCACGGGAGAUGGCAUUCCUUACAAAAAUAUUUCUUUGACAUUUUUGCCUUUGGAAUGUUACUGUGGUUUCUCAUCCACGGAAAAGCUGCGAGACCUAUUGAAUAUGAACACUGUUCAGACAAUGAUGACAUGAGAGCUGCGAUCUGCCGAGGAAUAACCCCAGAUACCACGUGUUUGGAUCGUAAAAGUAAACCUCUGUGGAAUCUUUUAAAAGAUUGUUGGACACGCUAUCGAGAUGCAGAAACCGUAAACGCCCAUAUCGCAAGGGAAAAAUUGGACAUUUUACUAAAUACCUUAUAAAUAAGCAUACGUACGCCUGAGCAUAAUCACGGCCAUAAAUGAUAACAAUUACAUGAUGCAGUAUUUAUUUAUAAGUGGGAUGAACAGUGUCUUGUGAGUAUCCGGCGUCAGUUACUUUUAUAUGCGUAUGUAGAUAAAGAACAUUUUAUAUUGGGGCGGUUUCAUGAUCAUCAGGGAAAUCAAAUGGAUAAAUUGAAUCAGGCGUCUUUCUUUUUCCUCAGUAGACAACUUAAAAAACAAGAAAUGCACUAAAGUUAUAUAUAAAUUCACUUCUAUAUCUAUGUAAGAGGCAAGGGAACUACCAACUGAUAAGACACGGUGUGCAGGGAACAUAACAGUGGUGACAUAUGGAAAACAUGAAGUAAUUCCAUGUCGAGGGCGCUAGUGGUUCAUUAGCAGCUUUAUCGCUCGAUGGCGAGAAAUAUCGAACAUUGCAUAAGUUCAGUAAAAAAUCUCUGCGUGAACAUAUAACCUUGAGCGAAAAGUGAGACGUAGAAAAGAACAUCGUGGGUACUGACUUUGCAAACGAUUUUAGCCGAAGGAUUUUGCUUAGUAUACCACUGGAUACGGACCCAUGGUGCUGUGAGCCGAUUUUUAAACGAGAAAUGCAACUCGAUUGUGCUGUGUAUUAUAAAUGGGAAUGACAGAUAUACAUGUAGGCCUUGGGUAAUUUAGAGGCGGAUUUUCAGUUUUAAAAACGUGGUAAAGGUAUUUUUACCGGAUAUUCCUCACCUAAUUUGAUUUCUAUCGAAUCCAGCUCGACCCGUUUCCGUACCAUUUCCAAUUAAACGACUUAGUUCUAAAAGAACAUGCUUCCUUUACACCGGUAUCCAUCUACCUUAGAUUUCAGAAAGAAAUACUCACAUCGGGUAAUUUCAUUUAAAGAUUUUUAUUGUUUAAAGGCCUGGAAUUGGAAAAGAUAAGUAGCUUUUCCGUAAAUUUAGACAUGAGAAUAUGAUUUUGGAAAGACGGUACAUUCAUAGUGAUCUAAAACCUGAGUAUAUCAAGAUAAAAAUCCUUCUUUACAUUCUGAAUGCUCUUCUUAAUGAUAUUAUAUUUAUUAAACCUAUAUUUCUGAACAUUUCCUGUUGUAGGAAUGUUUAGGUAAAAUUGUGCGUUAAAAAACUAAUUUCAUUUAAAUAAAGUAAAUUAAUCAAUAAAGUAAAUGGAUGAAUUAGUCUUUGUAUAAUGUGAUAAUGGUUGAAUACACACUGCCAAAUACUUCACCAGGUUAAUGGGUCGUUUCUAAUCUUGAUCGCUACUGUGUACAUAACCUAUUGAUUCAGACAGCUGUCUUCGAGUGAUAUUUGUUCACAUAGAUAAUAUGUAAAAUUGUACUUCAUCAGGUUAAAGAGGUUGAAGGGAUAAUAACUGUGCUACAAUUAUCGAUGGAGGGCGACGAUUUUUCCAUACUAACCAAUGUUUAAUGAAUCCGUCACGACAUUCAAAAUUAAUCCAUGUUUUUAUAAGUAAGCUUUUUUCAUAAUAAUUUCUUAAGAGAUAAUUACGGGAGUAGCCAUCUGUGAAGGUCAAUAUGGUCCGAUGGUUAGCACAGAUUUCAGAAUAAGUGACGUUUUGGUGGUAAAAUUAGAAUUUAUAGCAUUUCUAUGUCUUUUUACUUGUUUUUCUUGUGGAAUUUUGAAUGUCUUACUGAGUAUUGUCAUCUUUUUAAGACGCAUUUUGUUCAUGAUAUUACUGAUGUCGUUGUUUUACACAUUUCGGUGUUGUUUCUAGUCCUGUUUUUUUAUUUAUUUACUGAAACCAGUUGUUUGUAUCAGUUUUUUUAGACCAAUUUUUUCCAUUAUAAUUUGAGAUGGUUAUCAGAUGCAUAUUUCAUAACUCUGUUGAGUUAACUCAAGGCGUAAAGUAUCUUUGUCAUUGUAAUAUUUUCAUUGGUACUCACCCCACUUUCUUUUUGAAGUAAAAGAACUGCACUCAA